UUCCUACCUCUCACUCAACCAUCAUACCCUACUGAAAGAUGCAGCAUUUUCAGUAGGUGGCUCCUUCGAUCGAUGUCUUUUCUGUCCUCUUCUCUACUUCACGGUCGGCCGGCAGAAAUGAAAAAGGGCUUAUAGCUAGCUUAGCUAGGAGUAGAUAAGAUCUCACUCACAGGGCUAGUAUAGCUAGCUGUUCGUUUCCUGACCUUCCGUAUAUGACCUCCAGCGAUGUUUCCAUUUCUGUUAGCUUGUGUGAUGACUAGUGUGCGUUUCCGACAAGCGAAUAAUUCGGAGGGGUGGCAAUAAUUGGCCGCCUGGACCUUUCGCUUUUAAGCUUAUCUCCCCAUAUGGAACAACUAUUCCGGCUAAGGCCUGACUAUUUGGGGUACAUGCAUUCCCGACCGGCCAUGACCCUGGUACAUUCUAUUUAUGGAACAGUUCUACAGACCAAAUCCAUUUUUCUUGUAUUUGAUAGCAUGGACAAAAUUCUCGAACGAUAUCAGAGGUGUUCGCUGUCUGAAGGAGGUGUGAUUGAAGAUUACUCUGAGCUUGAGGGGAGUACGAACUCUGACCACAUUCUGCUGAGGUCUCAGGUUGAAGCUCUACGAAAAAGUGAAAGGAAUCUUAUGGGAGAGCAACUGGGCUCCCUAACACAGAGGGGAGUCCAGCAGCUUGAGCAGCAGAUUGGUGAUGCCCUCAGGAGCAUCAGACUCAGAAGGGACUUCCUCUUGGCCAACUCGAUCAGGGAGCUCCGAAACAAGGAACGGUUGCUGAUGGAGCAAAAUAAAAUUCUGCAGAGGAAAAAGGCUGAACUGCUGCAGGCAUCCAUGCACAAGAACUGCACAUCUGCUUUCUGCAAUGCUGCAGCUGCCUCACUUCCAAACCUCAACAUCUCCAAUCGAUUAAACAGCAUCGAGGACGGCAACUCCGACAACGAGCCAGCUGGAUCGGUGAUGGCGUCGGUCGAUUGAGCAGGCGGCGGUGGCACCUUUCCCGUGGUGGAUGUUCCGGGGCGCCAUCUGAACGGCUAGAAGACGACUGAAUGCUUGCACCGCAGAAAAUUCAGAUGUUCUUCCUUGAUUUUCCUUGCAUCCCUUUGAACCCCUAGCGAUGAUGGAGACCUCUAGUUUCUAGCUGCUACUUUGGUGCCAUAAUUUAUCUGCUGUUUUGGAUUUCUGCGGUAUCUGCUGGCUGGUUUGAUAUAAUGGAAACCUUGUCUUUCAUGUGGUGCCAGUUCAUGUAGUUAUUUCUUCUUUGAUUUAUUUUAGAGAACUACACCCCUGCUUCUUUGA